AGGCUGAUGAUGCUGGAGUCAUGCAUGAACAAGAGAGAUCAGAGAGCAGGUGGAGGGCCGAGAUGAACCUGCUCCACCUUUUCCUCAUCGCCCUACUUAACCUGUGGAGUUUUGACAUCAUCACAGCAGACCAGAGGCUCAGUGCUACAACACACCUGAUGGCCACAGUCGUGAACACAGUGGUGAACGAUGAACUCCUGAGCACCGAGAAGGUCCUUGGUCUGGAACACGCAGCUGGAGGAUUCUUGAAGGUGAAGGUUCUGAAGUCUGUACAUAAAAUCCAGACAUCACACAGGAGCAGGGUUGCUGAAGAGAAGAGCACUUGGCUCCUGCUGGUACAGUAUGUCAUGACUGUGUACUUCCUGUCUGUCUGUGAUUCAGCCCCCGUAGGCUCUGCAUUGAGCGAGUACUUCGGCCAUCAGCCAGUGGUCAUGGUGGGGGGCCUGCUGAGCAGCAUUGGGAUGGUGGCAGGGUCAUAUGCCCAGGAUCUGCUACAGCUGUACAUCACUGUGGGGUUCCUUACAGGAUUUGGCUUAGCCCUGACCUGGACCCCUACUGUCACCAUGCUGGGCUGGUACUUUGAAAAGCAUCGGCCUGUGGCCAACGCUCUGGCCAGCGCAGGAGAGUGCACCCUCACCUUCAUCCUCACCCCAUCCUUUCAGUUCAUGGUGGAACAGUAUUCCUGGAGGGGAGCGAUGCUGAUCCUGGGAGCUCUGCAGUUUAACUUGUGUAUGUGCGGAGCUCUUCUGAGACCCCUCAACAGACACAUUCCUCCUAAAGAGCUCAUAGAGGAGAACGAACAUGAGCUGGAGCAAACUAACACAGACUCUAAAAGUUCAAAUAACAAGUCAGACUCGAAAAAGUCUGAUCCACUGAAGGUCAAAAUAAUACGCUUCAUGGACUACACGCUUAUCGCUAAUGCUCGCUUCAUGGUCUACUCAGUGUUUGGUGUCUUCGCUGCUCUCGGCUUCUUCGCUCCAUCUCUCUUUCUGGUGCCGUACGCCCACAGUCAAGGAGUGGGAGAGUACCAGGCGGCUACUCUCAUGUCCAUCUCUGCGGUGCUAGAUUUGUUAGGACGGGUGUUUUUCGGGUGGGUGGCUAAUCUGCAGCUGGCGAAGACAGUCCAUCAACUGAUUGUCACAGUGAUUCUUUUGGGCAUUGUUCUGUUGCUUUGCCCAUUAGCAACCACAUUCACCCAGCUAGUGUUGUUCAGUUCGGGUUAUGGACUGGUGUUCGGGGCCACUGUGGCGAUUCACAUCACGGUACUAGCGGAAGUGGUGGGGCUGGAGAAGCUUGGGAGCGCACUGGGAUUCUUCAUGCUCAUCCGCAGCAGCGGUGGCCUCCUUGGACCACCUUUGGCAGGAAUCUUCAUAGACAAAAUGAGUGACUAUGGUGCUGGUUUUCUGAUGGCAGGUGUGGCUCUUCUAGUCUCUGCCCUCUUUCUGCUUGUAUUACAGCAGAUGAACAAAAAUGGGACAGAAAAGGGAAAAGACAUCAACUUGGAGAACGGGAAAGGACAUGAGGCCACGGGGAUAUGAAAAACAGCAUAAUGUGUUAUGUUUCACAUGCAGCCAUGUAAGCAGAGAUUAUAAUUAGAGAUGACUGUCAAAAGUGGUGAAACUGACAUCAUGGCUAAUGCUGCUGACAUGCACUUUCUGUUUAUUCCUGAAGGAAACCCUCACUCUUAAUGAUGCUGAGUGAACAGACA